AUGUCAAAUAAGCUCCGAGUCGCAAUUUCUGGGGGAGGCGUCGCUGGUGCGUCGAUGAUCCACGCUCUCCUGAACUACUCACACAUCGAUGCCCAUAUAUUCGAGUCUGCGCCAUCCUUUCGUGAGGCGGGCAUUGCAUUUGGCCUCGCAAGAAAUGCUACGAGGGCACUUGGACUUAUCGGCCCUUCCGCAACGGAAUGUCUUGCCAGUGCCGGAGGUGUACCGAUGCUGGGAGUCCACUUUGUCCUCGGCCAAGGACCUAACGCAGGAGACCAAGUUUAUGAGGCAGACGUUGAGCAAAGAGGACAUGCAACUACUACAUUAAAGAAGUUACAAUCCGUUGAGCGGAGGGCUGAUGGCUCCCUCCUGAUUCAAUUUUCGGACGGUACCAGUCAUGAAUGCGAUAUCCUCAUCGGUGCCGAUGGUAUAGGUUCAAGCGUGCGGAAAGAGAUCCUCGAAGCCGAGGAUUCUGCUUGCAUACCUCACAAUUCUGGCGCUUGGGUCAUCAUGAAAUUGUUCCCUUCCGAACGCGCCCAAGCAGUGCUCGGCGAUGCUCCUAUCAGCAUCUUGAAUGCGCGAGAGUACGGCUGGCUUGCCCAGAACACAUUCAUCUUGCACAACAUCCUCAGCGACGGGGACCUGGUCCAAUAUGCGGUUUGUGGAUAUGAUGAAGACGCUGUUGGGUCAGAUCGGCGCCAGAGGCUUGUGACGAGAGAUCAACUCAGAGAGAUGUACAAUGGCAAAGGCUGGUUGCCACAUCUCGAGCGCGGCGUCGAAGAGCUACUGUGCAAUGAAGAGCGACACGAUGCUUGGUAUUUGGCGGAGCACCCUCCCGCACGCACCUACAUCAGCGGGCCUAUCUGUGUUGUAGGCGAUGCAGCCCACGCCACGACCGCAUUCCAAGGAUCAGGAGGUGGUAUGUGCAUCGAAGACAGCAUGAUCUUGUCCUCAUUGUUGGGUCGUGCUUCUUCUCCUGCGGAAGCACUGGUAGCUCUUGAAGUCUACGACCAGGUUCGACGGCCGCGAACCCAAGAGAUUGUCAAAUCGAGUUGGGAUACUGGCAAGAUUUUCAUGGCGCUGGACCAGGACACAAAUUUGGACGCCGAGAAGCUCAAGGCGAAGCUGCGGCCUCGGUGGGAUUUCAUCGUGGACUUUGACAUCGAAAAGAGUAGAGAAGAAGCCUUGAAGUUGUUUGACACUAAGGUCAAAACUGCUCUUGGCAAGUAGAUACAUAUCAUGCAUAGUCUUUGAAAUCUGGAUCAGUCGCAGGGU